UAUUCUGUUGCAGCAAGCUCGUCACAUCCGUUCACUUCAACUAGUCAGGAAGGCAAGCAGGAAAGGAAUCGUGGUGGGGGGAUUUGUGAUGCCAUGUGGUAUUCUCCCUGGAAAAUGCUUUCUUUCCCUGUUCUUUUCGGGAUUGUCCAUCUUCGUGGUCUCGUCGGACAGGAAGAUGUGUACAGACCCUCGCCACCAACUAUUCAUAAAUUCCCAGCACCACAGUCCAGUUCAGAUGGUCAAGUUAUUGCCAUUACUUGCAAAGGUGAUAUUCGCUCCAGUGAGGGCACUUACUACCUGUAUAACAGUCAGCAUCAAAAUUACACACAGUUUCUUCACCUAACUAGAGAUGAGAAGACAGCGACAUUUACAAUCAAGUUGGGAAUUCACUCCUUUGGAAAUUACAGCUGCAAUUAUAAAACAAAGAUUUUCGGAGAUUGGGUGUAUUCCCCUUUUAGUAAACAUGUUUCUAUUACUCAGGAAGAUGAGUGGCGAUACAAAGCAGAACAAGAUGCUCAAAGGAACUUAUGUCGACGUGUUGACGUGAUAAGUGGUGUUUUGCUUAUCGUUUUAAUCAUCGUGACGCUAACAUUUUUCUUCAUUGUCAACAAAGCAGCGCAAAGCAAAAGACAUACUAUCAAGAGAAAAAGCAUCACAGCCGAUGGAGUUCCAUCUUUUGAUAAACAAGAUGCAACAUAUGUAAAUGUCACUUUCCAAUCAGAAUGAGUGAUCAGUUGGCAGGACAGCAGUGAGAUGCCAACAGGUUCAAUUCCUGCAUUGACUGAGGUUACCGUGAAGGACUCUUCUUUGCAACUUUUCCCCUGAGGCCUGGUCACCGUCACCAGCCAGUCAUCUCUCUCUGUCUCGAAUGAGAGAGCAACUCUUAUGGUCUUCUCGAUGAUGACUUCCCUUUUUACCAUUGAAAUCGAAAAGGGGAAACAAGCAGGAAUCUUGCACAAUGUCUGCGCCAUUUGAAGUCUGCAUCAUCCACAGUGUCAAUGGGAGAUCAGGCAGUGGAAGCAGUGAGCUGUCAGCUAUCCUUUCGCAUAAAUUGCACAUAAUUGCAUUGAAUUGUGCUGUGAAAUAAAUUGACACUGAGUGCAGAGGAGCCUACAAUUCUCAUCAUAUUCCCUGGCUAAGUGGCACUCCUCAGUGUCAUUUCAUGCUCCCUCUCUCCAUGUCUUCCUCACCAUCACCCCCUGUUUCGAACAUCCAACUCCCUCACGCAGUUUCCUCCUUCACCACUGCCCUCUGCUGUGGAGGUCCACAGCUCCCAGCUCCCUCACUCACUGACUGCCUUCACCAUCACCCUCUAUUGUGGAGAUCCAGCUCCAUCACUCACUGCUCCCCCCCCGACAUGAUCACCCCGUGUAGUGGAGGACCAUAUUGACUGUCCAACUCCUUCACUCACUGACCUCCCUCAUCAUCGCCAUCUGGAUCCAGUUAGACUGCUGAUCUAUCUUGCUCACUGCCUGCCCUCACCAUUGUGCCCAACUCCCUCACUCAGUG